AUGUCGGAUCCAUUUUGGUACACGUUUCCCUCUCCAUUAGAAGGUUAUCAAGAUCUCCCUCCACUUCCGGACGAGUUAAAUGAGGAUGGCAAGUCCUUCAAGAAUUCUCACACGGCUCCGUUGAGCAAAAGCUAUCAGGAAUUCACCUCUGGUGUGACCAACGGCCAGCGAGGUGGUUUUGAUGUCCACAUUUACUACCACUUGAACAGCGACGAGCAGAAGGAGUAUGCCCGCGCGCUUUGGGAGAGAAUCCGAAGGGAGUUUCCCGAGUUGAGGAUCUAUCGACUCUGGGAUCGACCGGUUGGUCCACAUACAAUGGCCAUGUUUGAAGUGAAUAUCUUCACACCCGCGCAGUUUGGAGCUUUCAUCCCAUGGUUGGUCAUCAAUCGAGGGCCAUUGUCUGCUCUUGUCCAUCCCAAUCAUGAGGAUGGCGAUGCAUUGAGGGAUCAUAGUCAAAGAGCCACAUGGCUGGGAGAGCGUGUGCCGCUUGAUUUGGGCAUGUUGAAGAGGUUUUCUGGACAAAAGAACCAGUGA